AUGUCACACCAGGACCAAGAAAUGGCCAGGAUCCGCCAACCUGGACCAGACGACCCGCUCACAAUAUGCCAAAACAAGAUCCACGUACUUGCAGCCGAGCUUCUCAGCUACGUCAGACGUGAUGACGAAACGCCGGCAUAUUUCGACUGCGACGACGACACAGGCGCACGUACAUUUGUGUGUUAUGAUGUCCCGCCCAAGGGCCAGACGCUCACGACGGUCAAAGUGGAUCUAGAGAGAAGCGAGGCAAAGGCCAAAAAGCUGGAGCAACAGCUUGCUGCCGAGCGGCAAACUGUCGCCACCCAGAAGCGCGAAAUCAUCGCCCUCACGGACUUCUACAACAAGAUCAAGGGCACCGAGCUACAAGGAAUGGCGCGACCCCAAGGUGCAUCACCCCAAGUCUCAAACGUUGCCAGCACAGCAGCCACGGGCACGAAGUUGAUCAAGGUCAAAGCCAAGAAGAGCGCGCUCUCGAAUGGGGUGGCGACCUCGCCUGACAACAAUGACAAGGCGGCGAAAGCACUCGAAUCCACGCUGCGAGACAGCCCAGACCGCGACGAGCCUGGCAGUUUUGUCGACACAAACUCCCAUCCUGGCGUCAAAAAUGACGAUAGCGAAGAAGAGAGCUCUUCCGACGCCGAGGGUUCGGAAUACUUGGAAGAUGCCGUCAUUGCUUCCGACAGCGAGAUGGAUACAAAAGAGACAAAGAAGAGCCCUAACAAGCACCCUGCGACCACUGCCCCUUCCAAAGCCCCAAAGCGAAAGAAAGUGAAGGUGGAGGAGUCUCAGCCCAAAACAUAUGCGACGAGCGACGGCGAUGUCAUCCCAGAGGGGAAAUUCAUAUUCGUGCGUGAGGUGGAGGCGAUCAACGUCAAGCUCCGGCCUUUUGUUUUUGAAUAUCCUGAAAAUUCUGGAAAGAUGCUGGUGCUGCAGUGUCCCUCCCCAGACGGCUGCAACAUGUCCGGCGGGAGCUGCUGGUUCGUGGACAAUCCCUUGUACAAGGACUUUGCAAGACUGCACUACAUAGCAUUUCACCACACGCAUUGUCGCAAACGGGAUCCAACGCUGGAUCUGAUCGUUUCCUCAGGCAGCAUGAGAGUUGUUCCCGAUCCUAAGAAUAAAGACGAACAAGCCAUGUCUACCGAGCAAUUCAAGAAGAAGACCCUGAAUAUUAACAAGGAGACGAAAAAAGUUAGGACCUCCAGUCGAAAGUGGUAUGUCAUGCCGGGAAGAGAGGAGGUUAGGUGGAAGGGUGUGGAGAAAAAAGCAAAAGCAAACCUGGGAAAACUAGAGACAGAAAGAGAGUGUCAAAUGAAGCAGCAAAGAGAGGAGAUAUAG